AUGGAUGGUGACGACAAGGACGCGGCGCCGUUUGAACAACCUGUACUGGUGGAGGAGCCCCUCGAUUUGAUAAGACUCAGUCUUGAUGAAAAGGUGUUUGUAAAAAUGCGUCACAACAGGGAGUUGCUUGGAACACUUCACGGCUUUGACUCACACCUUAAUCUUAUCAUUGGGAAUGUCGAAGAGACAAUAACAUCUUUAGAGUUGGAUGAGGAGACUUAUGAAGAGAUCUACAAGACUUCAAAGCGAAGUAUUCCCUUGCUCUUUGUUCGCGGUGACGGAAUCAUUCUCAUAUCCCCUCAACAGGAAGAAUAA